AUGUCAUCAUAUAUUACCGAGCUUGAAAGCCGGGUCCAGUACCUCGAGUCUAUAGUUAAGCACGAGCGUCCUGACCUGUCUCUGGACACGGAAGCCCUUCGCCAAUAUUACUACGCAAAUCUGGCCGACAGCCCAGGCUCAACGAACGAGGCCAAGUUUCAAGCGGUGAGUAACGUCUGCAGCGAGGACUGUGAGCUGGAACCACGCGACCAUCACACGGCCCAUUACUCCGGCGAGUUCUCGUACUGGGCUUUCUCCAUGAAGGUCAAACGACAUGCGCAAGCUCGUGGGUUCGCAAAUAAGUCGCCCAGAAGCGAUAUGGUCCCGAGUCGUUGGAGGCCCUUGCGACAGCAACAGAGCGCUCAGGUCAUCCGUACGGCAAUUGCCAAGCUUCCACCUCGAUUCGUCGCCUCCUACCUUUCCAGAGUCUUCUUCGCUUAUGCGCAAAAGAACUUUUUCUUCGUCGAGAAGGAAUGGUUCGAUAUUACGUAUCAGGACCCGGGCGACCCUCGCGUCUUGGAUGCAUCCAAAAUGUGCAUCAUUUUUGCCGUGCUUGCCACUGCAACGCAAUACGCCCACAUGGACUCGCCAUCUAGUAGUAGCAAACGCCCAUCCGGCGAGGGUGACGUCGGCAAUUCGUUCUACGAGCGUGCCUUGAGACUGCUACCUGAAGUGAUACAGUCGGCUUCUUUAGAAAGUGUACAGGCGGUUGCAAUCCUCGGCUUCUACGCACAACCGUUGGACGGACCAGGGCUUUCGUACGUUUACUUCAGCUUAGCUACGAGGCUGGCUAUACAGAAUGGAGUGCACCGAAGGUACUCGGGCAGGAAGAUGCCUCCAGUGACCAUCGAGACGAGAAAUCGUGUUUGGUGGACGGUUUACAGCAUAGAGAAGUCCAUUGCUAUUUUCCACGGAAGACCCCCGUCAAUACUCAGAUCGGACGUCGACGCCGACUUGCCUCGUAUAGCGCCUGAUGUCAUACCAGAUGAUGGACCGCUGCACAUCGGUCGCAUGGUUAUCUGGAUCAAACUCAUUGAAUAUCUUGGUAUAUUCCUGGAACAAAUCUUGGCCUUGCGAAAAAAGUCUCCCACGGCAGAUGCAGGGUUGGCCGUAUUCCAGCUGGCUGCUAUGAAGGCAGAGAUGAAGGCUUACUGGGAUACUAUACCAUGCGAAACCUUUGACGAGGACAGCAUCAACAAUAGGCAGGCAGCGCGAUCUUCCGUCCACCUUCGGCUCCUCUAUUGUCUAAUAAGGAUGAGUGGCAAUACUGCCAUUAUCCAGCCGUCCGGUUCGGGAGUGAGCCCGGCACAGGCAGAGCCAUACGAGAUGACCGAUGAUGGUUCUGGGAUCAUGAGCGCCUCUGAACACUCUCUGGUCGAAGACAGUAUUGAUGCAGCCCGUGAAGCUGUGGCGCUCUGCUGGGGACUAUACAAGGGGGAAGACGGCCUGUCGAAGGGGUCUUUCAUCGAACACAACUCGUGCCGCGCAUCCCUGCUUGUGUUGAUUGCCUAUUCAAUCCAGAACAGGGAUGCCACUUUUCGAAGCCUGGUGCAGCAAGGCCUUCAGAUGGUGCGCCAUCUCUCUGAUAUGUGCGAUCUGGCACGGGAAGAAACAUCUCUCCUCGAGGACCUGAAUGAAGCACUUACCUAUUUGGUCCCCUUCGAGGCCACCAAUGGAGAGCCCGACCACGAACUUUCCCGGCACAUCUCAGGAGGCAAACUUUGCCGCAACGGUUGA